GGAACUACGAAAAUGCACGCUUUAGCGCUAAAAAUGGCGAUGGGCGCUGUAAGGGCUGUAAACAGCUAGCGUUUAGACCGACGUAAACGUAGAAAUAUUUCAGAAAAAGUUAUUUGUGCCUCGGGGGAAUUAAUUUCCUUUCUGCGUUGUUUUCUGGCGACGCUGUCAAGGAGAUUUUUACCAUCAAGGAUGUCAGAAUGCAGCGCACACGCACUGUUCUUGUGAUCUAUUGGACAAACCUCAGUCAUCAUAAAUAUUUUUCAUCGUGGACAAACAAAAAUGAUGUUUCUUGACAGGAAAAACCAAAAACUGGAAUUCAAGCAGCUUUAAAACCAAAUUAUGGAAACAACCACCAUCAGUGUGCAGUAUGUGGAUGGAUCAUUUGUGACUUUCCCCGUGGACUGCCUUUUACACUGAAGAAUGUAGGUAGAUGAAGGUGACCUAACAGAUCUGUGUCACUACCAACCUGUAGUGGUAAGGGAGGACCGAGGAGACUCUCCCUGAAGAUGCUCCAAACUGGAAACUACUCCCUGGUGCUGCUGAUCCAACUGGUUCUGUUGGCCUAUGAUCUCUUUGUCAACUCCUUCAGUGAACUUUUAAGGGGGGAAGCUGUCAUCCAGCUCGUGCUUUUUAUCAUCCAAGACAUCGCCGUCUUGUUCAGCAUCAUCAUCAUCCUCCUGAUGAUGUUCAACACCUACGUGUUCCAGGUCGGCCUCGUAUCUUUGCUGCUGGAGAGAUUCAGGGCUCUGCUCAUGUUCUCCACUCUAUACCUGACUCUAAGCAUCUGUCUCCAUUGCUGGGUGAUGAAUCUGAGAUGGCUCGAGUCAAACCGUUUUGUUUGGACCGAUGGCCUCCUAGUUCUCUUCGUUUUCCAGAGAACAGCGGCGGUGCUGUACUACUACUUAUACAAGCGCACAGCAGAGUUCAUGGGAGACCCGAGGCUGUACGAGGACUCUCUUUGGCUACGUGAUGCGUUUGCAAGAGCUCGUCAGUGAUGAAGGGACGGUUUAAAGAAACAAGGAAAAGAAUGGACCAGACCGCUUCAUCAGCUACUCAUUUAUUCACAUUUUACUCUGAGGUGAAGUCUUAAAAGGUUUUGUUUACUGGUUUCUCAUAGACAAACAGAUGGCUUGUUAAAUGGUUUAAACUGGCAGGGAAGCCAAGGAUGUAGUAUUGUUUAAUCAGGAUUGAGUCUGGUAAUCUCUGAGGCCUUUUAAAACAAUUGGGAACUGCAGACCUAAAACUGAAGAAUCUUAAAGGGUUUAGAAGAACAUUUAUAUGAGGAUGUACCCUGCCUUGGUGUGUAAUCUUUUUUUCUGCUCUGAACUCAGUAGUCCAAUUUGAAAGUUUUAUUUUUCUCCAAGAAAGACGAGUUUGGUUAAUCUGCCUUAUGAAAACGUUAGCAUGUGUUUACAUGCUAAAUCUCAUUUUUACAAGCCAAUUUUUCACAUUUCAGUUAGAUUUUGGAUGUUGUUCAAUGUUUUUAUUAAAUAAUCUUAUCUAA